AAGGCAAAGAAGGACAAGAAUGCGCCGAAGCGCGCAUUGUCCGCCUACAUGUUCUUCAGCCAGGACUGGCGUGAACGAGUAAAGGCAGAGAACCCCGACGCAAGUUUCGGCGAGAUUGGCAAGCUUCUCGGCGCGAAGUGGAAAGAGCUGGACGAAUCCGAAAAGAAGCCAUACAUCGAGCAGGCUGCUCGGGACAAGGGACGCGCGGAACAAGAGAAGGCUGACUACGAUGUAUGUUUUCUUUGCAUUACUUUUACUCUUUCACUGACGUCUCUGUAG